AUGUCUCGAUCGCAUCAUACGAUGCUUACUGUAGGUUACUGUAGUGACCAUUCUAAUCGAAAGCUUGAACAAUUUGGCUAUUUUGAACCCGUCGUACAUUAUCUAAUUGGAGUCAUAGCAGGUAUAACAGGAGUGCUAACAGGUUAUCCGUUGGAUACAGUUAGAAUACGUCAACAAACCGAAGCUCAAAAUUUUUAUCGAUGCUGCUCAUCGAUCAUUCGAAAUGAAGGCAUGUUAGGAUUUUUUAAAGGAAUGUCAAGUCCAUUGGUAAGUUUUACAGCAAUUCAUUCCAUAGCAUUUGGCGUCUACGGCAAUACAAUCAAACUUUUCGAUAAUUAUCACAAUUUAAUUGGAUCGUUUAUUGCUGGCAAUCUGGCUGGUAUCGCACAGUGCUGCAUAUGCAUCCCGUCAGAAUUGCUUAAGAUUAAAUUACAGUUACAAAUGAAUAACAAGCAAAAAUUAUAUAUGUCAUCAUAUGAUUGUGCUCAAAAAAUGAUAAAGCAACACGGAUUUUUAUCGAUGUAUAAAGGUACAUGGAUUACAGUUGCUCGAGAUGGUCCCGGAUAUGGAGUGUGGUUUGUCACUUAUGAAUUUUGUGCACAAAAAUUAAGUAGGGAUGGCACAGCUUCCUCGCUUACAUCGUCCCAGUUGCUUCUAGCUGGAGGCAUUGCGGGUAUUAUGUCUUGGAUAUGUAAUUAUCCUUCGGAUGUGAUCAAAACGCAAUUCCAAGCUGACGAUAGCAUGCAUUCAUAUAGAAAAGUUAAUACGCGGCCAGAUAUGCCGUCAUUAACGGAAUCACUUAACGUUUGA